AUGCGGCUAGCUCGCAGCUGGCCCCAGGAGAAAACGCACUCUGAUUGGCUCCCGUGCUCAAUACCCCCGGAGCGACGUGUAUCCGGAUACGUAACGUUACGUGCAGCCGGGGCCGGAGAUAAACAUGAUGGAUGCGGCAGAGGCUCACUGGCUCCCGUUCCUGAUGCGAAAGAGCCCUUGGCCCUCUCUUCAACGCCCCAGCCACGUGAAAUCCGUCUCGGAGCGUCCAGCAUAACUGAUUGGACCGUCGCAGGUUCCCCUGGACUUGCUUCUUCCUUUUUCACAGGCUUCGGGGGAGAUCAAGGAGUCAAUCGGAACACAAAGGAACAGGCCCUUUCAGCGAAAGGCGCCACGCUUCCCGAUAUCUCUGCAGAUCCGAACAUCAAGACAAUUGAGAUCCAAAGGGCGAGUGUUUUUUCGCGGCAUUCCCCGGACCAGAACCAUGCUGUUCCAAGUCCCACUGCACGGCCACGGGAAUUCAAAUGCCUCUUUGGGGACGAUACAUCGAUAUGCUCCGAUUCAGCCGUUAUCAGCCCCCCGAAACUCCAUGCAGUCGUUUUCUCGAAAACGACACUGCUGGCAAGUUGCUUCUUUUCCGUGCUUGACGGACGAGUUGUCUGCAUCCCCCAGGGUAGUCGGGAUACGGGGUGCAAUGUUUCAAUAAACUCGGCUAGAAUCCGCUUUCUGGCAAACGCGAUAUACCGUGUAAGCAAGCAAGGCGCAACGUCCAUUGUUGACUGUGAAAAGGCCUUGCUGCUUCAUGCAUCAACCGUGAGGCUGGCCCACUCGACCAAGUCAACGCUCCGAAAUGAACUCACAGGCCUAGGUGGACGAAUUCGAGGCUUGAGGACGAUUGAGAUGACGCAGCAGCAGGGCUCCGCUCACCUUGGGCACAGAUCUGAAGGCACCGCGGUGGACUCAAGCCACCCUGGUGAUCCCGCGACAUUCGCAAUGCAUUCUUCUCUUGAUAUCCGCUCUGUAUUUCCUGUUCAGAGGGGAUCUGCUGGGUCUAGAUUUCGAUUUCUGGACUUUGGGCCCGCGUCCUGGACAGCUGUCGACGUGAUUCCCAUUGAAACCUGGCCACUGAGGAAAUAG